UUCUUAGUCUUUCAAUCAUUGUCUGAGGCUGAGCUGCGCCCCUGUCUCGUUGUUUUGUCUCAUAAUCUCAGACAGACUACAAGGGCUAAACAUAGUCACGCCCUGUAAACCUGUUGGGGCUUCCCCAAUUGAAGAUUUGGUAUAAAUUCAACUGGAAGCUCUCAUGCUGUCAGCUUGAGGAUUCUAUCAGUGACUCUGCAUGCAAUGGUGAAAAUGGCCCUCUCCUUCAUCCUCCUUCUAAUACUUGCAGGAAUGAUUGCUGCAAAACACAUUCCAUGCAAAGUCCAAUGUGAAAGAAGAGAAAAAGUUCAGCACUUUGGAUUUGAUAUAGCCAAGAAGCCACUCCUAAUAGAUGUGGGAGAAUGUCACACCACACUUCUCAAUAAGACAGAAGAAGGCUGCAGAAUCAACAAUGAGCACAUGUGCAUAAAAAGAUGCAUUCCUAGAUCCCGUGAAUAUCUGGAAGCCAGCAAUAGAGAUGGUCCAAUUAGAGUUCCUGUAAUUCGAUCAUGCUAUCCCACAUAUCAUCACUGCUUGGAAGAUUGUGAGCUAAAGCCCCAUGUCCUCUACCUCUUUCCUGACUCCAAAUACCAGACGAGGGUAGACGUUAAGAAAUGCAGCGGGCAAUGCAGCGAUGAAGCAUCUGACCACUCGUGUGUGCCAACUAGUGUUAGUACAAAAGCAGUUGAUGGACCAAAUGGACCAGUAACACUAUCGAUCAUUGAUAAAUGCCAGUGUAAGAAUUCGGUCUGUUACAGGCAAGACUAUUAUCAGUCUCACUGGAACUACACAAGAUGCAGCAACGUCACUGCAACAAAGACAGAAAAGGUUAUUAAUGUUGGAAGGUGUGUUGGCUCGUGUGAAGGUGUUGAGCUACCAGGGAGAUGCUACCCGUCCCCGACAAGAUGUCUCCUAUACAUCCCAAGUGGUCCUGCAAAAUGCGUCCCAACCACAUACUCAAGGGAUAACUACUAUGACUCUGACAUGAAUGAAAACAGUGUACCAGUCAUUGAAGAGUGUGGCUGUACAUCUGGCUGAUACUGGCCUUUAUAAAACACACACACACACACACACACACACACACACCAGCAUUAAUCAUUUAUUUCCAGCAAGAAAACAUAUGGAAUUAUGUCAGCUCUUGUGUCUACACUUACAGACUGGUCUACCUUUAAUUGCCUCGAACCUAUUAAUAAUAAUAAUAAUAAUAAUAAUAAUAAUAAUAAUCAGCUCAUAUUAUCAUUAUUUUAACGUUUUAUGUUAAAUAUAAUCCUUGUCAUAACCUA